AUGGGCUCCCCCUUGGGACCUCUCCUAGCCAAUACUUUCUUGUGUUCAAUCGAAGAAGCCUUAGUGUGUGACAACAUCUUGCCGAGCACMUAUAGGAGAUAUGUUGAUGACACCUUGSCUGUCAUGAAUAACAUUGAUAYGGCUAAUAAGUUCMUGGAUGUACUUAACGAUCGUCACGACUCUAUAGCAUUUACUAUGGAAGUACARGACAACAACAACGAACUACCGUUUCUUGGAAUGGUUCUCUCUGUGAAUAACAAUAAAAUUGGAACUCGUGUGUACAAAAAGCCUACUGAUACUGGUUUAUUCACGCAUUAUCUUAGUAAUGUCGACAACAGAUAUAAGAAAGGGCUACUGUUUACUAUGUUCAAUCGUGCACAACAACUCUCUUCAAUGUCUGAACUAUUCGAUCAACAAUCUAAUCGUCUAACCGAAGUGUUUUCAAAGCUUCAAUAUCCACUGGAUUUAAUUAAUAGGGUUCGCUCAUCUGUCCAGAACACCAGAUCAACAACCAGUUCGAGUAAUGAUGACAGCAAGAAAACRCUAAGAAUACCAAUACCAUUCAAGAACCAGAAGUCAGCCGAGGUCGUGAAAAAGCAGCUUAUUGGUCUAGGGAAUCARAUCAAUCUUGUUUUACAACCAGUUUUCACUAGCAAGAAAAUUGAGGAUGUGCUYCGAGUUAAGGAAGUGAAACCCGCUGUAGUGAAUCGACAGUGCUUGGUUUACAAGUAUAAAUGUAGUCUGUGCGAUGCAGAAUAUGUGGGAUACACCACGCGGCAUCUUCACCACUGUAUCACCGAACACUAA